CUAUGACUUAUGGAUUUUUUUACCUGCCAUUCCUUUUUAAUGUUUACAUUUAACUUCAAUGUCUAACUGAAUGUUUGUUUUAACCAGCAGGUGAAGUACAACUAGUUUUGAGAGCUCUUCAGCAUGUUUAAUGUGUCACAGUCUGAGUCCAACAUGACAACAGCAAGUCAGAACCAGGAUCUGUUGAGGAUAGCACUAAUUUCCACCCUGUCUACAGUUCCAUCGUUUGUUUUUCUCUACAUCAAUGGGACCAUUCUGUUCACGCUGAGGAGCAAACCUGUGUUUCGUGACACCUGUCGUUACAUUCUACUCUACAACCUUCUUCUGGCAGACACUGUCCAGCUGGCGCAGAGUCAAAUGCAGUUCUUACUGUCAGUGUGCAGAGUCAAACUGGCUUAUUCGCUGUGUACUGUUCUUAGCAUGCUUGCCAAUCUUACGACUGGGAUUUCUCCCCUAACACUGGUGGUAAUGCCAUUAGAGAGAUAUGUGGCUGUGUGCUACCCACUGAGGCACUCUUCCAUCAUCACCGUCAGAAACACAACUGUGGUAAUCAUUGCAAUUUGGGCUGUCAGUUCACUGAACAAUCUCACUCGUGUUUUGAUGUUUUUAGAGUUUUCAUUAGAGAAAAUGGAGAGGUGGCAAGUAGAAGAUGUUUGUUCUAAUUUCGCUUUGGUGCUUGGUGCUGUAACUGCAGAAUAUGACAGGGCCUAUACAUGUGUUGUGUUUGUGUCAGCUGGUGUUGCUACAACUUUCUCCUAUGUUAGUGUCAUUAUAGCGGCCAGGUCAGCCUCCACAGAUACAGCUUUAGCUCAUAAGGCCCGUAACACCCUGCUGUUGCACCUGGUUCAACUGGGCCUGAGUCUUUCCUCCACUAUUAAUAACCCGCUAAUUAUAGCUCUUUCACAAAUCCUAACAAGAGUGGCAUUUUUAUGGGUUCAGAGUGUUUUUUAUGUUUGUUUUAUUAUCUUCCCCAGAUGUUUGAGUUCUCUAAUCUAUGGGCUAAGAGAUCAGACCAUCAGACAUGCUCUUUUGUAUUAUCUGUGUUGUCGAAUGAAAGUUAAAAUCAGUGGCUAGUAGUGUUUGAAACAUUUGUGUCUUUCUGGAGUCUGGAGGCACAGGGUCCAGAAUCUACUUGGACAAUGGGUUUGUUGCCGUCAAAGGAAAAAGGGGCAGUUCACCACCAGAUAUGUCUUCUACAACCCAAAAUAAUACAUUGGCAGGUUAAAAAGAAACUUUCAGAGUUAUGUCUGGAAUAAAGAUGUUUUCUAUUUAUGUUUUCCCUGAUAAAUA